CUUGUCGUUCCAAAGCUCAAAGCGGGCCGCUCUCUUUUUCUCUUAACUAGUGGAUCAUGAAGUCCGACAACGUACCUAUUACAACUUCAUGUGCCAACUGGCAGCCAGACGACAGCGUGAUCCUUAGAGGUUAUCCGUGUUAUCCAACUUAUCCUUCGGGGCCAGUAUGAUUGAAGAUUGAAGAUACUAUUAGCUGCCUCUAAGGUAUAUUUGAAGUCAUUUAUUUUGGGCAACAUUCAUAUCGUUUAAGAUGAAAGCUAUCCUACAGCGCGUCCUGUCUGCUUCCGUGACGGUAGAAAAGGAGGUCGUAUCGUCUAUCGGAAAAGGAGUUUUAGUCUUUGCCGCGGUGGCCCCCGGUGAUACAGAGAAAGAAGCAGAUUCCCUAGCAGCUAAAGUAUUGAAGCUGAAGCUGUGGGACGACAAUGCGGGGGGAAGAUGGAAAAAGAGCGUGACGGAUAUCGGUGGUGAGGUCCUAUGUGUAUCCCAAUUCACCCUGCUUGCCUCUACUAAGAAGGGUAAUAAGCCCGACUUUCACGGAGCGAUGGGAGGGGAGGAGGCUAAGAGGCUCUACGAUUACUUUUUUGAAAAAGUCCAACAAGGCUACGCAGCCGAUAAGGUCAAGAAUGGAGUGUUUCAGGCCAUGAUGGAAGUUGCUUUAGUGAACGAUGGUCCUGUCACGCUGGAGCUGUCAGCCGGUCAAAAACCUACCACGUCUGCGCCGACACCAACACCAACACCUGCGCCAAAUCAACAAUAACGGCUAGUUAUCCAAUAACUAGCUCUUGUUUACAACAAUGUAAUGACUGACUGCUCAAUAAAAACUCGAUCGAUACAUCAAUUUGAGUUAUUCAGUACUAAUACAUCAU